GUUCCUGGCUCCAGCGCCCAUCCAUGCCCUAGGAGGUGGGGCUGUGGUACACUCACCCCGUUAAGGUUUCCAGCUUUCAUCUGAGGGUCCGAGGUUCCCGCGGCGCACGUGCGGUGGAUACCCCCACCCCUCGGGGAGGCGGGGUCGCGUUCAGAGCCAAUGAGAGCUUGGGGGGAGGAGGAGUAGGGAAGCUUCCAGAGGCAGAUGCGGAGGAGGUUAUAAAGGGGGUACCCACGAGCAGGAGGGAGAGCCAUGCAGUCCAAGCGGGAGUGUGAGGUAAGGGGCUGGCAAGAGGGGCUCGACAAGUGCCACCUGCGCAGGGAGAAGUGGCCCCUUGGGCUCCGGCUGCACAGGCGAGGUGGGGCGGGCGCGGCGAUCCGCCAUUCCAACCUGCCCUUUCGCCUUCAGCUGUGGUGUGAGAGGGUGAAUCCAGAGAACAAGGCGGCGUUGGAGGCGUGGGUCAGGGAGACGGGCAUCCGCCUGGUGCAGGUGAACGGGCAGAGGAAGUAUGGCGGGCCACCCCCAGGCUGGGUGGGCAGCCCGCCGCCGGCCGGGUCAGAGGUGUUUAUCGGGCGGCUGCCUCAGGACGUCUACGAGCACCAGCUGAUCCCACUGUUCCAGCGCGUGGGCCGCCUCUACGAGUUCCGCCUGAUGAUGACCUUCAGCGGCCUGAACCGCGGCUUCGCCUACGCCCGCUACAGUUCGCGGCGGGGCGCGCAGGCAGCCAUCGCCACGCUGCACAACCACCCGCUACGGCCGUCCUGCCCGCUGCUCGUGUGCCGCAGUACCGAGAAGUGCGAGCUGAGUGUGGACGGGCUGCCUCCGGGUCUGAGCCGCCGCGCGCUCCUGCUCGCGCUGCAGCCCCUGGGUCCCGGCCUGCAGGAGGCGCUGCUGAUGCCCAGCCCCGGGCCGGCGCCCGCGCAGAUUGCACUGCUCAAGUUCAGCUCGCACCGCGCGGCCGCCAUGGCCAAAAAAGCCCUGGUGGAAGGGCAGUCACGCCUCUGCGGAGAGCAGGUGGCGGUGGAGUGGCUUAAGCCAGACCUGAAGCAGCGACUCCGCCAGCAGCUCGUGGGUCCCUCACUGCAGUGCCUACAGCCAGAGGGCAGUCGAUUGGCCCCAGCCAGGGACAAGCUAGAGUCCCAGGGGGCUCGGGCUGCCCUGCAGCUGUUGUGCCAACGGAUGAAGCUGGGCAGCCCUGUGUUCCUCACCAAGUGUCUGGGCACAGGCCCUGCUGGCUGGCACCGCUUCUGGUACCAGGUGGUGGUCCCUGGGCAUCCAGUGCCCUUCAGCGGCCUCAUCUGGGUUGUGCUGGCCCCGGAUGGGCAGGAUGGGCACGAGGUGGCUAAGGAUGCGGUGUCUGCAAGGCUGUUAGAGGCGCUGAGUGAAUCCGGAGCCAGCCUUUUACGGCCGGCUGAGGCGGGUGCCAUGGUUAAGCAGUGACCCCGUCCUCUUCACAGGCAGCCUGAACGAGUUGGCAGAACCUGUGUCAGCCCCCAGCCCAGCAGGCCUAGGCAGCCACCACCUGAUCUCGAAGAGGUGGAGCCGGGCCCUGCCCUACCUCUGACGCAGCCUCCCGCUGGGGCAGGGCCCCAGCACACCUGGGAAAGCUC